CGUGAGUGCGGACAUGCGCGGUCCCCUCUCCUUCUCUUUUCUCUCUCCCCCUCCUCCUCCUCAUUCGCUGCUGUGUCGCGGAGGGAGAGAGAGAGAGGGAGAGAGAGAGGGCAAGGGGGAGGGAAGGGCCUGACUGAGGCUGUCGUCGCGGAGGCCCAGCUUUGCGCGGGGCGGGGCCAAGCUGGCGCCUUCCCCGCGUCCCUCUGCCCUGUCCAGGCGUCGCCGCAGGGCUUGAGCCCGCGCCUGGCCUCUUUCUUUCCUCCCUCCUUCGCCCGGGCUGCCUCUUGAGUGGGAGGUGGACAUGGCCCGUCCCGGGGAGCGCGGGGCCCUCCGCCUCGCCCCCGCCUCGCUUGCCUUUUCUCCCCCCCAGGCAGGGAAGGAAGACCGAGUGGUGAGUAUCCAACCAGAGAGAAGAAAAACAAAUUGAACACCUAGGAUGUGAGAGAUCCUCUCCUUUCUAAAGGAGCCAUAUUGUUUGCAAGAUGGAUCGGAGUAAGCGAAAUUCAAUAGCAGGAUUUCCACCGCGCUUGGAACGUCUUGAAGACUUUGAUGGUGGUGGAGGUGAUGGGGCUGUGUCUCAGAUGGGCAGAGUCUGGACUUCUUCAUACAAGGCCUUGAUAAGUGCCUUUUCAAGACUUACACGGCUUGAUGACUUUUCCUGUGAGAAAAUAGGAUCUGGUUUCUUCUCUGAGGUGUUCAAGGUACGGCACAAGGUAUCUGAUCAAGUAAUGGCUUUGAAGAUGAAUACACUAAGUAGCAACCGUGCAAACAUGCUAAAAGAAGUCCAGCUCAUGAACAGGCUUUCACAUCCAAACAUACUAAAGUUUAUGGGUGUCUGUGUACAUCAAGGACAAUUGCAUGCUCUUACUGAGUAUAUCAACUGUGGUAACUUGGAACAAUUAUUAGACGGCAAUCAGCAUCUUCCCUGGAUGGUGAGAGUGAAACUGGCCUUGGACAUUGCUCUAGGACUUUGUUAUCUUCACUAUAAAGGCAUUUUCCAUCGAGAUCUAACAUCUAAGAACUGUUUGAUAAAGCAUGAUGAGAGUGGAUAUUCUGCUAUAGUUGGUGACUUUGGCUUGGCAGAGAAAAUCCCAGAUUUUAGUGAGAAGCUGCCAGUGGUGGGGUCUCCUUACUGGAUGGCACCUGAAGUGCUGAGAGAUGAGCCAUAUAAUGAAAAGGCAGAUGUGUUCUCAUAUGGAAUAAUUCUUUGUGAAAUUAUAGCCAGGAUCCAGGCCGAUCCAGACUUUCUCCCUCGCACAGAGAAUUUUGGAUUGGAUUAUGAUGCCUUUCAGCAUAUGGUAGGAGAUUGUCCGCCUAACUUCCUCCAGUUAGCCUUCAACUGCUGCAACAUGGACCCAAAGUUACGCCCUUCAUUUGCUGAUAUUGUCAAGGCACUGGAGGAAAUCUUGAGCAAUUUGAAAAGUGAGGAGGAUGAAAGAGAAAGGAAGCUUCUAACGUUGGACAAUACGGAAAGGAAACCCAUCUCUGUUUCGAAAGGAUUACUAGAGAGAGGACAAGGCGUCAAAAGACUAAGUUCACUGGAUGACAAGAUCCCACCUAAGUCUCCCCGUCCAAGGCGCAACAUCUGGUUGUCACGCAGUCAGUCAGAUAUCUUCUCUCGAAAGCCUUGUCGCAAAAUAAAUGUGCAGGACCCCUACUACACACCAAGCAAAGGAGCAAACCGCAAAGUCAACCCCUUCAAUUCUAGGGAAGACUUAAAAGGGGGAAAGAUCAAAUUUUUUGACAUGCCAAGCAAAUCUGUGAUAUCCCUUGUAUUUGACUUGCAUUCCCCAGGGUGUCUGAAGAUGAGCCAACCACAGUUUAGGCCAUCGUACGGCAUUGACUGGCAAGAAUCCUCUUUCGCUCCUGGAAGACGGAGUAGAUCACUCCCAGUCUCUCCUGAAUUUGUACAUAAAGGUUAUAGUACAUUUGUGGAUCUCUCUGCAACUGUUAGUAGGUGUGAUCCCAGCCAGUUGGGGGCUGAAGUGCGGCAGAAGCUACUGAGCAGUAAUAAGUAUGGUGUGUCUGAGAUCCCUCCUUUUCAAGCCAAACAUCAUAGGCAAGAGUCUUCUUCUUUUCUUCAAGAGGAAGAGAUGGAUUGCUCUGAUGGAUUACAGUCCCAAGAAGAAAAUGGAUAUUGCCCUCUUAAAACUUCACUAGAGGAACCCGAACUCAGGCAGACUAUGGGACACAUUCUGCAAGAUGCCCAGAAUGCAGGUGGCCUCUUGGUACAGGAUUUAGACUGUUCAGAAGAUAGAUCCUCAGAGAUGUUCAUGAGCUGUGCCACCUCUGAAGAUAUGGAGGUAGAAGAUGAAACUCAAAGGAAUAUGCCUUCCACUAAGUUGGAGUCUUCCAAACUGUUGUUUAGUGCUAAUUCUUCCCCACAACCAGGCAGAAUGUCUUCUUCUCUUUUUGAAGCAGUGGAUAGUGACCCCUCAAAUGUGGUUUCUCUUCCAUCUUCAAAUGCACCAGCACCAGUAAGCGAGCAGUCAAAAUGUGACAUUUAAAGCCUAGCUAUGAUACUAUGGUUAAAAGAAACUCCUUCCAACAGCUUUGGUUUUAAUUUCUAUGUCAGAGUGCUCUAGGAAUUUGUAGCAAUACCACCAUUUGGAAACUCCCAACAUGUAUUUGGAGAGACUACAUGUGUAUGAGAGCAUGUAAGAGAAUCUCAUAGCAUACCAUAGGAGGCAGCUACUGUAGACAGAACCUACAUGGGAUACCAUAGGUUUAUAAUUCUGAAACAGAUGGAAUCAGGGACAAACCUAUUAGAAGCCCCCUUCCUCCCCCCAUUCAUACAUGUCUUUCCGUUUUGUUAAAGGAAUUCUUAGUCUCUACUGAAAGAAUGCUUCCAAACCUGGUAGUGACAUUUCAUUUCAGGUAUCCCUCAUUUUGAGUUUGCCUUUCUCCUUGGCAACUGCUGAGCAAAUAUAAAUGACAGCUUCUGUUGCUUGUAAGAGGUUUGAAAUGGGCAAUGCAGUGAUAUUCUAGAUCUGGGUGGGAAACCAGUUAUUUUACAUCAGUUGCCUCUGCCUGUUAACCGUACUGCUUAGAUUUGGAGGGCCGCUUAUUUCCAUAUUUGCUCUAGAUGGACAGGGAGAUGAUAGCUCCUUGUUUCUCUAAUGAAGGAACAAGGCAAAAGUUUCCUUGUAUUCCAUAAACAAAGUUGGAUUUGGUUGCAGUAGUUAAACUUCUUAAUUCAUCCAGUCUAGUUUUAAACACUUGCUUAGUGAAUAGCUUAGAACCCUACUUCAGGACAUCAUUUGGCCAAUUACAAUUUGCUUUGGCCAUGCUUUAAACUUAUAACUUUCCCAUUUUCCCUAAGCAAUAAUAGCUGUUAUACAGGUAAUGUUCAAUCAAUCUAAUGAGCUCCUGUUGCAAAAAAGUUCAACAACAGUAUAUUCACAUAUCUUAGGUAUCUCUAUUCUGUGUUGUAGAAGUAAUGAGGCAGAAUAACUCUACAAAUAUCAAUAUGAAAUUCUAAAGUAAGCCCACCUCUCCUUAGCAACAUGUUCUUGAAGUCUAGCUGUCUGCAACAUUUUCAGUCAUUUUCUGUUUUGGCCUGUCACACUGGGUAGAUGUGUGCACAUUUAGAAACACAGUUUAUAUUUAUAGGUUUUAUAAUCCCAUUUUGAAUCCACCUGAGUUCCCUCUAAUGGAGAGGAUUCGCUUGUUUGCGUCUUAGAUUUGAACUCAGGCUGAAGGAAGAAUAGCAUGCCCAUUUUGUAUGUAACUUCUACUCAGAAUCCAGACCAGUCCUGAAUGCCCAAAAGUAGAGAGGUUAGUUUGAAUUCUAUAUGAGGAAUGCCUUUGAUCCCAUAUUUUAAUAUAUUAGACUAGUGAGAACUCCCCUAUGGGGAGGAAAAUAAAAGCCGUGCUUGCCUCCCUUUCCUUUUCAUCCCUCAAAAAUGAACUAUAGAAUAAGUGAAAAUCCAUUUAAAUAUCAAGCAAUAAUAUGGAAAUCACAGAGCAAUACUGAAAUCCUGUAAGAGCAGAUAACGUUCACUUGUUGAAAACUUAUCAGUAGUAAACAUAUCUGUACUUUAUAUAGUCCUUGAUACCCUUGCAUCUGGAACUAAGAAUGAUUAUCCUUUCGCCAUACAUUAACAUAGAUUUCUAAAGCAGUACCAUUUGUUAUCUCUUUCAGAAACAGCCAAAGAGAGCCCAUGUAAUAUUUUUUUAGAUGAGUAUUGGAAAAGUAUCUGAGUUACCAGCUUAUUUCUGAACACUUUUCAGACACAGUUUAAAUUUGGCACCAGCAAAAUAGUUUGGUGUAUGGAUGUUGAAAUGUUGACUUGAGAAUUUGGGUCUGCUUUGGAGAUUGUGAAAGCCCAUGUCUGCUCUAUGGCUUUGCUGCGAGGCCUCUAAUAAUCUUGUAGCCUUUUGAUGUUUUAAUAGUGCUCUUAUUACACGUUGAAAGGCUGAUGGUGAAUCAAAAGGCACCGUUUGGAACAAGUGGCCUCCGCCCUGACCUUACUUCCUCCUUUGUGUAUUUUCCUUUUACAUGAGGUCUUUUCUCUGUACACCCCAAAAUGGAAGCAGGACAAACUUAUGUCACUGCUCUACAUUCACACCAGAAUGCUGAGCUUUAGGUGGGGUUCCUUAUUUUAACAUAGAAAGUAUGAAGUAUUCCCUGUUUGUAUUGUGAUGGAAAGAGGUUGGCUUUUAAAAGAGCCUUGGUGAAUGCCAAUUCUUUUGUGAUGUGAUUAAAACAAAAUGUAUACCGUCCCCUUGUGCAACAGGUAAGAGCCCCUGGCAUCUUACCUGUGCAUUCUCCAAGCCAGUAUUUCAGAUCAUCUGUUGGCCAUUAGUCGUGCUCAGUACAGAACAUGGUUCUACAAUGCUUUGUACGAACACAGUAGUGAAUAGUGUUGCCUUUAUCAUGGUGUUGAUUUGAUGACAAAGAUGCAGCUUGCUUUUAUAAGCCACCUGCAGACACUUCUAAGAUCCCCCCAACUGUUUUUAAUUCACUGAGUUUAUUAAAUGCCUAUUAGAAGUUAUACAUGUGGCUGAUUGGUGAACGAAGAUUGUGUGAAUAAAUGUAACAAAUUGCUGCCCCAGGAGAAGGUGGGGACACAAUAGGUUUAUUCUUGGUUGCUGUAUUUUGUCCAAGAACACUGGUGUUCCUUGCCAGUUUAACUACAGACACUUGAAUAAUUCCUCUUUGCACUUAAUGCUGCUGUUUAUACUGCAUGUCACUACAUUUCUAUGCAAAAAAUAACCUUUGGGGCAGCCAAAUAUUUGAUUAAGGUUUAAAGAUCUGUGCAAGAUCUAUUUUCAUAUUUAUGAAGGAAUUUUAUGUCUUAAUAUUUGCAGUCUGUAAAUAGCUAAAACUUUGUCAUUAAAACUUAGAAAAAAGUUUGUAGCCUGUGCAUAAUUUAAUACUGCCAGAGAAGAAUUUUUGCAAAACUUUUUUCUAAUAUUGCGAAUAUUUAUGAAUAUGUAAAGAAGCAAAUCUUGAGUUUUUAUGUUGAUUUACUUUUUCUGACUUUACUCUUAACUACAUAAAUGGUAUGUUUUACUGGAACUGAAAUAAGUAACCAAAGAUGAAUCUAGUAUUUGCGUAUGUUUUGUCAGUUUUUGUAAAUUGUUUCCCAAUUUGCUUUCCAAAUAAAAACCAAUAAAUUUA